AAGCUUUCAGUUUGUUCACAGUUCCAAAACCACUUUGACGACCUUGAUUCGGCACAGUGACCUAUCCUUAAGUGCCUGGUGGGUCAAAAUGAGUACGAAAACUAUGUGGUCUCUGGCUCUUUUCUCGCUCUUCUUUCCAAAUGUCGUGUUCACGGCCAUCCCCUCGCUUUCACCCGCCAGUAUAAGCAACGGGUUGGGCGGAAAACUUGGGCUGGAUACAGAUUCCCAACCCAUCGCGAGCCUCGACACCCUGCAAGACGCCAAAGAGAAUUUGGUGGAAGAUAUAACGAGCCCACUGACAAAUCCACUGGGUGCUCUGAAUCCUGUUGGUGCACCCAUUAUCGGGAAUGCGGGCUUACCUACUCUGCCCACUGGACCUGUGCCCAACAGGCUGAACAUAUUUGGUACUCCCACUAACUCCCUGGGAGUCAUCGCCAAUUCUGGAGCCGCCAUUGGACUUAGUGCCUUGAAGAUCAACUCUAUCCUAUUGGCACCCUUGGUCGGCCUUGGUGCUCAACUAUCUGCGCCCAUUAUCAAAAUCAAAUCUAAGGUUGCUGCUCCUUUCGUGUUCAAAGGAGUGUUGCUUUCCAAGCCUUUCCUCAAGACUGGAGCUGCCAUUGUGGCUCCUACCGUCAAAUUGGCUGGCCUUGCCACUGACCAGUUCCAAGAGUUCACAGAACCCUUGGAAGAUGGUAUCAAAGAGGCCCUAAGACCCCUGACUGACGCUGCCAGACCCUUCACCAAUGCUGUUCGACCCAUUUCUCAAGCCGCAAACUUAGCCGUGGGAAACGAAAAUAUUCUCCAAGACCAAAUCGAAAAUGUCGAUCUUCAAACCGAACUGGAAACAAUUAGUCAGGAAGUUGAAGUGAUCACCGAAGAGGUUGGUAACGCCUUCCAACGCGCAAAUGUCUUUAACGGCCAAUUGAAUAGCCAAUUCAACAGUCACGUCAACAAAGAACUCAACACGGAAUUGAAUAGCGAACUUAACGUUCAAGUUCGGUCAGCCAGAAAUCGAAGGUCUGCUCAUUACCAGGAAUAUCCCUUAAUCAACUUUGAUGAUUAUUCCAAUACCAUUCCUGAAGUCCAGGACUUUGGGGAAGAUAAUUCUAGAUUUGGAGAGAACUUUCAAGGCCAGGUAUUUCAUUCGUUCGAGUCCACCGAAUCGAACUCUCACCAACACAGAACUAAUGAAUUUGUGGAGAAUCAAGAUACCGUCCUGGCCAAUAGCUUUGGUCAGGAUGCUACUUCAGAGGUCAAAGAUGAUGAAAUUGUGGAUGCUACCGAAUCUUCAUUCCAUGGCACCUCUUCAAGCGAGAGCGAGGUGGAGGUGGUUGAAUCGGAAAGUUCUGUCAUGAAUUCGGAAUCCGAAGUUGUUCAAACCGAAGGCCUCGAAACCAUGGAAUCUUCUCUCGUUGAAUCUGAAGGCCUCGAAACCAUGGAAUCUUCUCUCGUUGAAUCUGAAGGCCUCGAAACCAUGGAAUCUUCUCUCGUUGAAUCUGAAGGCCUCGAAACCAUGGAAUCUUCUCUCGUUGAAUCUGAAGGCCUCGAAACCAUGGAAUCUUCUCUCGUUGAAACCGAAAGUUCGGUCAUUGAAACAUCUAAACAAUCGGAAAGCAAUAUCGUAACCUUGGAAAAUGACGAGACCUUGACCGACAUGUCCAAUACUCAAUCUGAAAUGAAAGAUGCCCAAGAAGAGGCGAAUUCCAAAUCUAAAUUUCUGAGCUCUUCCAUUGGUAUCUCGUUCUCGACCUCUGCUUCAAGUAAUUUAUCAUCUCAAAAAUCGGUGUCGCGGAGCUCCAGUAGUUCUUCCAAGAGCUCCCAAGACGACGAAGGGAUUUUAUUGGUUUCUGAAUCUCAUGGGCUCCCUGAAUCCGAGGUUGAUGGAACGGCUAUGAUUACCGAGGAAGCCUCUUUGGUGGUCGACGGAGCAAAUAAUCCUUUCUUAUGCCUUCGACUGAAGGAUUUGUCCAACCCUAAUUUAUUCAAUAUUUCGGGGCAAUGAUUGACCCGUCCCAGACUAACUACAAUUUUUAUUCACUUUAUGAGCUGCAUAAACCAAAUACUGUGGUAUUCUGUGAUUUAAUAAAUCAUGUGACAUGAAACAUUUUCAGCCAAA